GCGGCGGCGGCGGCGGUGACGUCAGCCUCAGUCUUCGCGAGGGGCCGAGGGAGGGGGACGCGUCUUUGUCUGCGCCGCGGCCGUGUUUGCUGUGCCGUGCCUAGUGAGGGCGUCGUGCGGAUGAUGUGCCGUGCCUAGGGCGUGCGGCAGCCAUGUUUCGGUGUAUCCCCAUCUUCAAGGGCUGCAACAGGCACGUGGAGUAUGUGGACAAGCGCCACUGCUCGCUGGUCACUGUCCCGGACGACAUUAUGCGCUACGCCCGCAGCCUGGAGGAGGUGCUGCUGGACGCCAACCACAUCAGGGAGCUGCCCAAGAACUUUUUUCGGCUGCACAAGCUGCGUCGCUUGGGCCUAAGUGACAAUGAAAUCUCCAAGUUGCCUCCGGACAUACAGAACUUUGAAAAUCUGGUGGAGCUGGACGUGUCCAGAAAUGACAUUCCCGACAUCCCGGACAGCAUCAAGAAUCUGAAGGCGUUGCAGGUGGCGGACUUCAGCAGCAACCCCAUCCCCAAGCUGCCCGGAGGCUUCACGCAGCUGAGGAACCUGACAGUGCUGGGCCUCAAUGACAUGUCCCUCACCAACCUGCCCUAUGACUUCGGCUGCCUAGCAAACCUGCAGUCCCUGGAGCUGAGGGAAAACCUCCUGAAGGGGCUGCCAGAGUCUGUGUCUCAACUCACCAAGCUGGAGCGCCUUGACAUUGGCGACAAUGACAUCGAGGAAUUACCUCCACACAUCGGGGACCUGCCAGCACUACAAGAGCUCUGGCUGGACCACAACCAGAUCUCCCACCUUCCUCCUGAGACGGGGAAACUCAAGAACCUGCUCUGCCUGGAUGUGAGUGAGAACCGGCUUGAGGACGUGCCUGAGGGUCUGUCGGGCCUCACCAACCUCACAGACCUCCACCUCUCCCAGAACCUCAUCGAGACCCUCCCCGACGGCAUUGGCUCACUCACCAAGCUGACGAUCUUCAAGGUGGACCAGAACAGACUCAUGGCCCUCAACCCCAACAUUGGAAAGUGUGAGAACCUCCAGGAGCUCAUCUUGACGGACAACCUGCUGAAGGAGUUGCCAAGCACCAUCGGCAACCUCAAGAAACUCACAAACCUCAACGUGGACCGCAACAAACUGUCAGAACUCCCGCCUCAGAUAGGGAAACUUGAAAACCUUGGAGUGCUGUCCUUGCGGGAGAACCAGCUCCAGUACCUCCCACAGGAGACCGGAAACUGCCGGGAGCUGCAUGUCCUGGAUGUCUCCGGUAACAGGCUGCAGUACCUUCCCCUGACCAUCACCGUGCUUAGCCUGAAGGCAGUGUGGCUCAGCGAGAACCAGGCUCAACCAAUGCUCAAUUUUCAAACCGAGGUUGAUGAAGCUUCUGGCCAAGAAGUGCUGACCUGCUUCCUGUUGCCCCAGCAGGAGUACCAACACGACAAUAUUGAGUACGCCUGUGGUAUGGGUGGUAGCGAGGGCAGGCUGUACCGCACUGGUGACCUCAGCACCGAUAAUCUGACCGCCAUCGGCCCUUCAGCUAACGAGUGGACCCACGAGGACGAGGACAGCUGGGACCCCAACGACCCUAACGAAGAGUCCCGGGUCUCGGUGGUCAAGUUCAGCGACGAUAAGGAGACCGAAGACAGCAAGGAGAGUAACUUUGUGCGGCACAACACGCCCCACCCACGGGAGCUGAAGGCCCGCGCCGAGAAGCUCUUCGGUAAGGGUGGCAAGACCAGCGACGGGCCGCUUGUGACCGCCGGGGAGCUCAUGGACAAAGGUGAAGUGUUCAGGCCUCACCGAUUGUCCCUUCCUGAGAGUCCCGGCCAGGAUGUGUCGGCCCAGGUGGAGCAGCAACCCAAGGCGCCCCAACAAGAGCCGCCACAGAAGUCCAAGGAUGCGCAGUUCAACGUCUCGGGAGCUGAGGACUCCGAUGGCCUUACUGAUGACAGUCAGCUGCUGAUGGAAGAGAAGCACGUUGGGUUCUCCAUCGAGGGCACCGAGAACUUGGAGUCAGACACCAGCCAGGAGGAACAGAAGCGACCUGGGCGGCUGCACCGGCAGAACACGCCGCACCACCUCAAGAACAAGCGCAUCACCUCCACCACCAAGAGUGCCGACCUGGAGAAGGUGGCAUCCAUCAUCGCUCAGCCACUGCGAAGCGAAUUGCGCAGACAGGCGAUGCAGCGCAGCGGAGAGACAAGCGAGGCAGACAGCGCCCGGCCAGCCUCGGAGUCUGACGCUGAUAAUCGCUCCAUCGUGUCUGAGUCUGGGCCAUCAGUGGUUGUGGACGUGAAGCAUAUGGAGAUCGUGGUGGAGCGGACCAGCGGCGGCCUGGGCCUGUCCAUUGCUGGGGGGCGAGGCUCUACGCCCUACAAGGGGGACGACGAGGGCAUCUUCAUCUCCAGGGUGACGGAGGGCGGCCCUGCAUACCUGGCCGGCCUCAGGGUCGGGGACAAGCUGGUGAUGGUGAACGGGCACGACGUGGAGGUGUGCGACCACUACGAGGCCGUCAACAUCAUGCGGGAGGCCGGAUCGCAGCUCAGGCUUGAAGUGACCCGAGAGGUGACCAGGAUUGUCCCAGAGAAGAAAACAUCCAAGAGUGAUCCCGUUCCCAACCAUGUAGCGAAUCUGGACGUGGCCAACUCUGUCACCCUCAGCGACACCACGGCCUUGGAUGACCCACUGUCUCCGCCGCCCGUCACCGCCAACCACGUGGCCAUGACAGUCAACGGCCACGAUGGGUCGCCGGCCGUCAACGGGGAACAUCCGAGCGUCAACGGCGAUACGAACAGUGAAAUGGAGGUGUUGACCGAGACAAUCUACACCACACUCGCGAGGGACCACAACGGCCUUGGCUUCAGCAUCGCGGGCGGCAGAGGAUCCACGCAGUUCAAAGAUGGAUCAGACGCCAUAUAUAUAUCCAGGAUAACAGAGGGCGGAGCGGCAGCCAAGGACGGGAAGCUGAGGGUCGGGGACCGGGUCAUAUCUAUCAAUGGCGUGGACCUGGAUGGUGCGCGGCAUGACCAGGCCGUGAACAUGCUCACUGGCAUUGAACGCUUCGUGCGCCUGGUGGUGCAUCGCGAGACCCUCGUUGCGCCGGGCCAGGGCAGCGCCAGCUCCAGGACCUCCCCCAGGGUGUUCGGUGCCCCACGGCCCUACACCGGCCUCUACAGCGCUGGUUCCUACAUGGCCAACCGGCCCAGCUACACAGGUUACCGCCGGGCCCAACCGGGAGGACGGAUAUCAGGCUCCAACCUUUCAGACACCAACUACAGCGGCCAGUCUAGCCCAGCGGCCUCGCCAGCCCUGGCCACGAGGCAGCCCCAGGGCUUGGCCAGCUCAGGGGAGCCCGCAGACCCAGCGUCGGCCGCCACCGCCGCCCCCGAGGACCCCUUUGCUGCUGGCACCACCCAGGUAGCCAUGCACAGACCCCUCACUAAUGAUGACUUUCAGGCUCUCAUCCCACAGCACUUCCUGCAGGGGGGCCAGGCCCAGGGGGGCGGCUCCGGCGGCCCCAGCGCCCACGUGACCGUCAACAUGCCCAAGGACCACGGCCCCAUGGCCAUGGCCUUCCCCCCUGCGCCCACCGCAUUAGGGAAGGUCACAGAGACCAUCACCAAAUCCACCCUCACCGAGACAACAGUGACACGGAUCACUGACAACCAGCUGGCCCAGGUGCCGUUGGUGGUGGAGGAGGUAAUAUUAUACAAGGACGGCGGACCACUAGGACUAAGUAUUAUCGGCGGGUCGGACCACUUUUGUGUUCCGUUCGGCACCUCGCCCGACGAUCCUGGAAUAUACAUAUCAAAGAUCACUGCCGGUGGCGCGGCCCACAAGACAGGGAAGCUGAGGAUGGGCGACCGCAUCCUGACCGUGAAUGGAGUGGACAUGAACGGGGCGUCACACAAGGAGGCGGUGACGGCCCUCCUCAACCCACCCAACGAGAUAGUCCUGUCUGUACGCCACGACCCGCAGCCUAAAGGACUCAAGGAGGUGAUCAUCAAGAAGCAGGCUGGGGAGAAGCUUGGCAUGAACAUUAAGGGUGGCGUGCAGGGCUCCCCCGGCAACCCCCUCGACAAGUCCGACGAGGGAGUCUUCAUAUCCAAAAUAAACUCCAGUGGGGCGGUGCACAGGGACGGCAGGUUAAAGGUUGGGCAGCGCGUGUUGGAGGUGAACGACUCCUCGCUGCUGGGCAUCACGCACGAGGAGGCGGUGGCGGUGAUGCGCUCGGCCGGCUCCACCAUCAGGCUCGUCGUGUGUGACGGCUACGACUACAGCCUGGUGCAGCAGAUGAAGAGCGAGGGACGGCUAGGCUCAGACUCGCGCAGCACCAGUCAAAGUGUUACGUCGCUGGACAAGGAGAGUCGAGAGGCAGCUUCCAACCCCCCACAAGACUCUGCCCCCAUCCUGCAUGAAGAGGCCCCUGCCAAGCCAUCAACUCCCCCACCCUUCCUCCUGCCUCCCUCCCCCACUCCAUCCCCAUCCCUCAGUGAGCGUCUUCCUCAUCCACCUGAAUCCACCUCUACCCUGAGGAGUGACACCCCAGACACCGAUGAUGAUGUGGGUCGUGACACUCCUCUGCCCCCACUUCUCUCCACCUCUGCCUUGCCCAACACCCAGAGGGACAAAUCUGCACCAGAAAUUGUGAUGGACGUGGUGAGGGUGGCCGAGCAGCUCACCUCCCGACCCUCCUCCCAAAACUCCAAUGCCCGACUGUCCUCCCCAACGGACCGCAAGGCAUCCGCCGAGAGCAAGAUGACCACCGUGGUGCUGGGCAAACACACCUUGGCCCAACAAUCUAGUACAAAUUUUGUUGAACCAUCAAGAUUACAAUGACAGGAGCACAUUGGUCCUUAACUGCCCACUUUCACCUCACCACAACAACCAUCUCCACCACACAUGUCUUGGUUGUCUGCUCAGCUUUCCCUCCUCCCACCCUCCUCCCCACCCUUAAAAUGUCAGCCAGUCUGGAAAUGGCCAAGCUGGACAUCAAAUAGAAGCUCAGGACUUGAUUAUUGAGACUGUGUGAGAACAUUGGAUUGUGUCCAUGGCAGCUUGUGGUGCCGCAGCAUAGCCAAGACUGUACUUGUGGUUGAAGGGAAUGGUGAUAGCUAGUAACUUUCCAUGGAACUUUUUACGUGUUAAGCAAAUCUGAUCCUUUAGCUCACAGGAAGCAACGAGUGUUCAGUGUGUCAGGGCAGAGUAGGAGACUCGCACGUUGGACGGAGUUUGUUCAUCUCCAAACAAAAUUGAUGAACAGGUUACAAAGCUUACCUCCUAAGCAAAUCUGAUCUUUUAGCUCAUAUGAAGUGAGUGAUCAGUGUAUGAGGACAUGCAGGGAACUUGUAUGUUUGACCAAGUUUGUUCAUUUCCAAACAAAAUUGACAAGCAGGCACAAAGCUUAUCUCCAUACACACGCUGGUGCUUAUUCUUGCAUCGUCCAUUACCGAAACGUGUCUGUCUCCAUCCCUUGGAUGAGCGGGACAGCAGAGGAGGACAGAGCAUGUACACUGUGGUGCUGGUUUGGGUCACCCACACAAUAAAUUAGUCUUCAGAUUCCAUUGAUUCCUCCUGAUGCUUUUGUUGUUCAAAGUUCCUGUCAGUGCAGCACAUGUCUUCUUCCUUUGUGUUUGUGUCCUUGUUCCACCUGUGGCACAGGCCUCAGAGUGUUGUGGGCGGCAACACUGGGUGUUGCUGCAGCACGCUGGCCCUGGCAGGACCCCUGUCUGAGGGGACGCCCCACGGCUGGCACCUCUGGCCUUUGUUACACAGGUGGGAACACUGGCCGCGUGUGGGGCUCUCUUUGUUUGCAUUUUGUUUGCCAUUUGUUUAUCUUUUGCUUCCUACACAGAAUAAAUCUCUGGCUGCUUUUGUCAUGCAUUCAUGAUAGCAGACAUAGUGAGUGGUGGUUACCCUGCAUCAUAAAGGUAGACUAAGUGGUUGUGGUGCAUCUUGAGUAAGCUGAGAGACACUUCUCAGACUUAAUCAUUCAUAAAUAAUUCAGCAUUUUGCCUUAAAUAAAUGGAUUAAAUUUGUAGCCUAAAAUCUGAUUCACUGUCUGGUGCAUAAUGGCAGACACACGAGAGUCUGUGUCUGUCUCAAGGUUCAGUUGGUGUGAGGGACGGCAGGCAAGGGAGGCACCGGGGCACCUCUCUGUUCAGGCGCACGGCUUGAUGGGAGUUACACGGCUCACUCAACAACUACCUUACCAACUUGUAUGAAGGUGGAACAGAAAGAAAUAUGACUACGUUUAGCACUCAACUUUUACAUGGAUACUACUUUUCCAGGGGUUUGCUACUACUACUACUACUACUACUACUACUACUACUGCUAUUACUACUACUACUACUACUACUACUACUACUACUACUACUACUACUACUACUACUACUGCUACUACUACUACUACUACUACUACUACUACUACUACUACUACUACUACUACUACUACUACUACUACUACUACUUUUCUUCCUCUUCUUCUUUUUACCACUCUUACUUGAGUUCAUGGCUUUGAGGUUCUUAACAAACAUUACCAUCCUUGAAAUGAUAGGCAACAUGGCCACUAAAGCAUUGCCUUGGUAAUGUCAUGUGAAGCAACAGUUCAGAAACACUGCACUGUCUCAAGUCAUUAGUAAUUUCUCCCCUUUGGCAACUUGAGGUGAGUGGGUCAAGUGCGUGCUCUGUCCUGCCUCCGUCCAGGGUGCAUUGUGGUGGUCCUUGCUGCCCUCGGAAGGUUACUCUGCAUAAGUCAGUCUGGGCAAAAAAUCAGCUACCAAGGCUAAGCUAUAUUAGAAUGGUAGUAGUGACAGCAGAAAUAAUAGUAGUAACAGUAGCAGUAGUAGUAGUAGUAGGUGUAGGAGUAGGUGUAGGAGUAACUCCAAGAAGAGUAAUAUCAGUGUAAUAAACUUGGCCAUAAAAAACUGAAGUAAAUUUGACCAAUGUGAGUUUGUAAAGUAAAUUUGACCAGUGUGAAUUUGCACCUCACCACAUCCUAUCACUUGCCUCUUUAUAAAUACCGUUUCGAUCAACAAGACUAUUUUUUGGAAUUCGUGGUUUCUUAGCAGAUUUUAUAGGAGUGGGCAGGACCUUUUUAACCCAUUCAACACAAGGACGUGUAUACCAUGUCCUUGCGUGCCCCGUACUGUAUCCGAGGACGUGCAUACUGUGUCCUGGCUCGCUUUAGCCAAUAUACGAGUUAUUUUAUCCCUAUAUUUAUGAUUACAUUUCAACGUUAUCAAUUAAUUUAUGUUUCUUUAUUGCACCUUAUAAUUCUGCAUGUUUUCAUAUAUAAUACAUGAUGAUUAUGUUGAGUUUAUGGCUGAAAACUUGUUAUAUUUAAUAGCGACAUUUGAAAUUUAGCGCGCAUGGCAAUCUCGGAUACGGCACGGGGCGCUGUUUUGGCCCGGCUGUAGUGAAGGGGUUAAGAGGCGAGUGUGGGGAUGAAACCCUCCCCUCAAACACUACUUGGUAUUAGAUGGAUUUUGGCAUAAUUUGUAAGUCAUCCUGAAUUGCCUAUGACUGCCCAGAGUCUGUUGAAGUAACCCCUGACCCCCCCCUAAACCAAAUCCCUGGAGGAAGGUUUUACAAGUCCUUUGUCCCAGUCACUGUUUUGUCUUUCAUUGGAAUAGUGUCUCAUUACAUGUGUAGCUCUUGUUAAAGUUAGCCAAGUAUUAGUUCUGGUUAUCCAUUCAAUUUCAAUAGUGCUCCAGCCUCUUCCUGGUAGGCUCGGUUCCAUGUCGGAUAUAAAAUUGCUUUGUCAUCUGUAAUUAUGCAUUUCAAACCAUAGAUUGUGGUCAUACCUAAAAUCAUCAUCCUCUUGGUAGGAUAAGUUCCCUGUUGAUAAGAUUGGUUUGUUGUCUGUAAUUAAGUAUUUCAAGCCACUUUUGCCAGACAUUUAAGAUGGAAAACUCUGGUGUGGGCAGAUUGUCUCAGCAUAAUCAUGUUUCAAGUCACUAAUACACACUUGCCAUGCUGAAGGUUCAGAUUUGCUGUGUGUGUGUGUGUGUGUGUGUGUGUGUGCGUGUGCAUCAUUUGCUUAUGGUCUGAUCACGUGCUGGACUCGUGAUCAGCAGUGAGUACCCUCCCUGAAAGAUCUGGAGGUUCAUAGUGACAGCCGGAACCUCACAUCUUCUCCCUGUCAACAGCUUGUCAGGGGGAAACUUUUACAAGUGAGCAAGGUGCAGACCACAGCCUAGCAGGUGACAGUUGUGUUAUCCACUAUGUACACCUGGGAGCGAUGUGUGUGUGUUUUACAGUGAAGAAAACAGCUUAAUUAAGGGCAAAAAAAGAAAACUAAUGAAAAAAGCCGGCAAAUCACUGCUCCUACAAAAAGAGUCAAGAGAAAUGGCCAAAAGAGAGGUCAAUUUGUGUGUGUGUGUGAAUGUCUGUCUGUCAGUAUUGUCAAGGUGUUCUACAUUCUCAAGGUUCAGUCGUGGUGUCAUCGCACAGAGUCGGGUCCUGAAUAAUGCAAGAUCAAACAGUGCAGUUCAUGAGUAUUGCUGAGGAAUGUUCAACCCAGUAUCACCUUGUAUUACGAGCGGGUUUCAGACAGUGCAAGUCCCAGACAGAGGUGAACAAAUAUGCUGAGAAGCCAAGUUAUUUGAGUGGAUUCAGAUACUGUAGAUUGUGGGUUACAAGUGUAUUGAAAGGACUCAACUGCACUUUGUCUAAAUUUGCAUAUGGACAAGGCACUGGAGCUCAUCUGCAUCCCCUUGCAUAUUUUAAUUGUAUCUUUAGCAAGGUUUUGUAUGGCUGCUAAAAUUAGGUCUUUAUUUUAUUAUUAUUAUUAUUAUUUAUUUUAUUUAUUGUAUUUUUUUAUUGAUAUGUACACUCGUUACUGAAGUAUUUUACAUCGGAUUCUUGUCAGAGAGAGAGAGAGAGAGAGAAAGACGGAGACAAAAACAGAAAGAAUGAGAGACAGAAACAGAGAGAAUGAGAGAGAGACAGAGAGAGAGAGAGAGAGAGAGAGAGAGAGAGAGAGAGAGAGAGAGAGAGAGAGAGGGAGAGAGAGAGAGAGAAUUGCUUCAAUAUCCAGAUUGUGUCUCCUGGCCUGGACGUAAGUGGGCUGAGAAUGUAUCGCUGCACCGUUAUUGGAGCACAAAAUUCCCUAGGUAGGCUGAUCCCGUGUCUUGGGUUGUCCACAUGAUUCCUGAGAAGCCAGCGAGGCGUGCACCAUAGUGGGCCACAAGCGACACUUUGGAACACAAGAAACAGAAGCUUAAGUAUCCGCGAAAGUCCUGCUAGGAAUAUUUCUGAAACUAACCUUGUUUCAACUGUUUACUGGACCUCAUGAAUGCUUGGGAAAGGGAAGAUUAUGACUGGCUGUAUUGCAUUGAAAGAUGUAGUGAUGGGAAGGGUGCACUGGCCUGUUUAUGUCCGUGAGAAGGGUCAGGUUACGGUGGAGAUGGGAAGAAAGGACAGACUUUUUCAUUUACGGCUCAAGGGCAAAAAAAAAGUGCAGAUUAAAAAGCCCUCUACUCACCACUCCCCAUAAUAUAAUAGACAAAAGUAAGGGGUGGCCAAAAGAGAGGUGAGAUGAAAGGUAUUGUGCUGGAAGAUGUAGUCCUGGUAAGGGUGCAGUGGCUAAUAUAAGUUCUUGAGAAGGGGUUAAGUUCAUGUGGAGAUUUGAGCUUCUCUCUCUCCCCGGCACAUAAGGUCAUUGGUUACCUAUAGCCAGCUGGUGUUUGUUGGUGUCGCUGUUUUAUUACUUUAAGAUUUUUAUGAUGCUAUGAUGGUAUGCCCCAAUAGAUCAAUUAGUCAAUCAUGAGAAAGGUCCACGUCUAACACAUAUGGGCGUAUAAAAGGAAUUGUCUAUACCCAUUUUAUUUUUUAUUGCUUUAUCUUAACCAGUGAUAGGAGUAACCAAUGGGACAAAGGAAGGAACCAUGGCCCAGUGUCCCCUUUAUUUAUAUCCAUUUAUUUUUUUAUCCACUCUUUCGGGCAGUAAUAGGAGUAACUGUUGAGAUUUGUGAAGGGGUCAAGGCUAAGUGUCCCUCUUCAUAUGCUAUUGUGACCGGCUUCAUGGUGGUCACUUGUGGCCUUACUGUAGUGCACGCCUCAAGUCACUCCCCUAAGUGUUGAUGUGAUGAUCAUGUGUGUAGUGAGGGUAAUAUCCAUCAUUAGUUAUGGCCAGGGCUGUGGAGUUGGAGGGACAAACUUUCCGUCAACUCCAACUCCCACUCCAGAAACUUUCGUGUCUCCUUGUACUCCGACCGCCUCAAACUCCGACCCGACUCAGGCUCUGACUCCAUGACCCUGGAUUUAACAUAUUUUUCUCAUACCAAAAGGUGUAGAGUAGGAUUUAUUGAGAGUUUUUUGGCAACGUUCAUUCUUAAAGUGUAGCCUAGUCCAACAACCUUGUUUCCACAUAGCUAACAGUAAUAGCUCAGCACCUCACCCAUGUUUUUGGUCAGUGUUCACUCGCAUCUAGCCAGACGUCACGACCCCUGAAAUCCAUCACAUUCUGUAUUUGUGCAUUGACAGUACAUACAUCAGCAAGUCCUUCGUUAGUUAAGGUUUUGUUGCCUCCUUCCAGUGUGUGUCUUCAGUUGUUUGCUAUGGUCAGGUGGCAUCUUGCUGAACUUUUGGUCUUGUCAAACUCUAUUUCCUGCUGCUGCACCUUUUAACACUCACAAUUUGAAUAUGUUAUAAAGUACUGAAGAGAUUUUAACCUGUUAAGUGGGUAUUGGAUGAGUGGUACAUGUUGGGCACUCCAAAUCAUUGUCACCAACAUUCCUGUACAUUUGGGAGCCAAGAUUACUGAGCACUCCCUCAGGCAGAGCCAUGAGGCAGUGAGUGUCGGGCAGGCCAUCAGGUGCACCCAGGGACUGUUCUGCCUCCACCUGAGGGUGGACGGCAAAGGGCUGUACACACCAGUGGUCAUCACACAUGCUGUCACCCGUCACCGUCAUCACAUUACCAAAGCUCAUUUUCUGUCCUAAUUUCCAUACCCAGCAUGGGUCAGCACGCUGACCCAGUGAGGUCCAGUAGGAAGCAUUUUUUGGUAGUGAUGCAGGACAUUACUGAUGUAACCCUUGACCAGACUUAGGUGUAUUGGUAUUAACCUGUGUGAUUAUUACGAUGGCAGAAGAAAACACGUAAGGGCUUUGUAAGCCCAUGCAUAGUAAAAGCAUUAUUAUGAACUGUUGGGGGCAUGUGCCCUGCCAGUGUUUGGGCAGUUUGGCUGUAGCCUGUACAGACCCCCUCUCUCUGAGACCCAAUGGUGGCCUAAUGAGCCCCACAGCCUGGGUGAUGGCCCUGGUGUGUCUGCCUCCCAGGUGCAAGGCCUGCCUGACCACACCUGCCUGUGCCUGGGCUGCCAGGCAUCAGUGGCCGGUGCUUACUACCACACAGUGACUAUGCACUCCCCUGCUGCCACUCUCCUCACACUGGGUUCAAGGCAGUCAGUCACAGUAUUGUUGUUGGUUAUCAUUCUCUGAAGCAAGUUUAUUCAAAUAGCAGUCCAGUUGUUGAAUUUAUAAAUUUUAAGGACUGAGGUUGAAUAAUAUAUAUAAAUAUUAACUGUGUGAACAUAAUAACUUUUAAGAGCAUAACAGGAGAUAGGAAAGUGCCUGGAUCAGUACAUAAUGAUAUUGUGCACCUUGUAUGUGUGUAUGUGUGUGUGUGUGUGUGUGUGUGUGUGUGUGUGUGUGUGAGAGAGAGAGAAAAAAAAGAGAGAGAGAGAGCGAGGAUGUGGCCCUGUUACUGUGGAGGGUGCAUUCCAGGGACAUGCAGAAUGUAGUUGAUGUUGUGUUGGGGAACUGUAGAUGUGGCUAGGCUUAGAUAGAUGUUAUGGGGGGAUGUUUUGAUCAUUUUGCUCUCUCUCUCUCUCUCACUCUUGCUCUCACUCACUCUUCCUCACCGUCUCUCUCGCUCUCACUCUUCCUCACCAUCUCUCUCGCUCUCGCUCAUAUCCACAUUCCUGCCUUAGUUUCUCUGCUGGUGUGCCUCCUUCCUGCCCUCAGUGUCUGGCCAGGGGCUGAAGUAGUAGUGGAGGGUGAUGGACCCCUCACUGGUGUAGCAAAGUGUGUGAAGUCCCGGCAUCAGAAUCUCCCCGAUAGUCGUGUGUCAACCAGAGUCCAUUCACUUCAGCUGGACUCCUGCAGUGACUUGAUUCUUGGUGGCUGGUGAGGGCAUGGCUGAUUGGGCAUUGGUGGGCAGGGGUUGGUAAGGGCAUGGCUGAUAGGGUAUUGGUUGGCAGGGGCUGGUUAGGGCAUGGCUUAUUGGGUAUUGGUGGGUGGGGUCUGGUAAGGGCAUGGCUGAUUGGGUAUUGGUGGGCAAGGGCUGGUAAGGACAUUGCUGAUUGGUUAUUGAUGGGCAGGGGCUGGUAAGGACAUGGCUGAUUGGGUAUUGGUGGGUGGGGUCUGGUAAGGGCAUGGCUGAUUGGGUAUUGGUGGGCAGGGGCUGGUAAGGGCAUGGCUGAUUGGGUAUUGGUAGGCAGGGGCUGGUAAGGGCAUGGCUGAUUGGGUAUUGGUGGGCAGGGGCUGGUAAGGGCAUGGCUGAUUGGGUAUUGGUGGGCAGGGGCUGGUAAGGGCAUGGCUGAUUGGGUAUUGGUGGGCAGGGGCUGGUAAGGGCAUGGCUGAUUGGGUAUUGGUGGGCAGGGGCUGGUAAGGGCAUGGCUGAUUGGGUAUUGGUGGGCAGGGGCUGGUUUGGGCAUGGCUGAUUGGGUAUUGGUGGGCAGGGGCUGGUAAGGGCAUGGCUGAUUGGGUGUUGUUGUUCAAGGACUAGUAAAGGCAUGGCUGAUUGGGUAUUGGUGGGCAGGGGCUGCUAAGUGCAUGGCUGAUUGGGUAUUGGUGGGCAGGGGCUGGUUUGGGCAUGGCUGAUUGGGUGUUGGUGGGCAGGGGCUGGUAAGGGCAUGGCUGAUUGGGUAUUGGUGGGUGGGGUCUGGUAACGGCAUGGCUGAUUGGGUGUUGGUGGGCAGGGGCUGGUAAGGGCAUGGCUGAUUGGGUAUUGGUGGGUGGGGUCUGGUAACGGCAUGGGUGAUUGGGUGUUGGUGGGCAGGGGCUGGUAAGGGCAUGGCUGAUUGGGUGUUGGUGGGCAGGGGCUGUGAAGGGCAAGGCUGAUUAUGUGUUGGUGGGCAAGGUGUCUCAUGUCUUCAGUAUGCGAUUCCCUUAUGUAGGUUCUGAAAAAAAUAUCCAUGAUUCUUGACUCACCUCACCUGAUAUACUAAAUAGGCAAGUUAUGUUUGUUUUGUGAAUGAAUGCGUCCAGUGUCAGUAGCAUCCCUGUCAGCCCGACUAGGAAUCAAGCCAGUGUUGCCAGCUCAAGUGAAUGGACUAAUUAAAGGGGCUAUUACACUGGGCAAAUUUUCCGUGGAUGUUCAGUCAAACUACGAUUUCCACUGGCGUGGUUCUCAUAUUUCCGUGGUUUUCUGACGUGUCCACGAUAUCUUCCAAAGCUACGGUAUUACUCACCAUCAUCAUCAGCAGCACUAACAAGAUACAAAUGAGAACCACGCAAGUGGAAAUCGUGGUUUGACUGAAGAUACACGGAAAAUUUGCCCAGUGUAAUAGCCCCUUAAGGCUGUCAGUGGGGUGUGGAGAGUUUCUGUGAAGUUGCUUUAUUUUCACUACACAGGAGGCAGCUCAAGUCCUGCACACAAAGUAAUGAAAGAAAAUGCCUGUAACUCGCUGCUCCUAUAAAAACAACACAGAAAAUAUGUUCGUCAUAUGGAGGAGAAAGUACUGAUGAAGGAAAACUUUUCUAGCAUUUACAAGUGAAAAGGAUGAAAAUGAAAAUACUGGUUAGCCUUGCAUUAGGAAGUUGGACAGCAUAGGGAUGAGACUGUUUUUAAUAUGUUUAAAUCAUCUAAACUAAGCUCUUCAGACUGACAUACAUACAGUAUACAUACACUAAGCGAUAAUAAUAAUAAUAGUAAUAAUGAUAAUAAGAUUGGUGAUAAUGAUAAUAGUUUCCCAGAGGAUUACAAAGAAAAAUACAGACAAAAUGGAAAUGAAAGGAGUGCCGAGACAGCUAAUUGAUGGGAUUGGUCUGUCUCCUUUACUAUAAACAAAUGAUAAAGCAGCCCACAGAACCCUCCGCCCCCCCGCCCUGUGCAGCCACCUAGUGCUCUGUUCACCAGGGAGUGUUAGGUGCCCUCACUGUUAUGUUACAUGAGUUGUUUUGUACCGCUGCGGUGCGUCAUCACUGUGUUUUGUACCGCUGUGGUGCGUCAUCACUUCACUCAUGAGUUCUGAACUGUACUAAGCCAUUGUUUCUGGAGGCCGGACUCUUUGCAUUGCCAUGUAGAUAUCCAGCAUCCAGCCUUAUACCCGUGGCACAGUGUUCGCUGCCUCCCGGUGCACCUCAGACCAACCCUCGUCAAGGCCCCUCGUGCACCUGACGCUGUGGCUCCCCACACUGUGUAUCAUAGCAACAACAACAACAACACACCUGUUUAUAUCCCCAGACAAAUUCUGUGGAGCUAAUUAUUCUAUGUUUUUAUGUGAAGAUGACCUAGUGUAGAGUCAUGUAUCCUCCUCACCUCAAUAUAUCAUGACUUUACAGGUUGUGAUAUAUAUAUAUAUAUAUAUAUAUAUAUAUAUAUAUAUAUAUAUAUAUAUAUAUAUAUAUAUAUAUAUAUAUAUAUAUAUAUAUAUAUAUAUAUAUAUAUAUAUAUAUAUAUAUAUAUAUAUAUAUAUAUAUAUAUAUAUAUAUAUAUAUAUAUAUAUAUAUAUAUAUAUAUAUAUAUAUAAAUACACAUACAUGUGUGUGUGUGUGUGUGUGCGUGCUCAGUGUGUGCACUCAUCUGUGUGUGUGUGUGCAUCUGUGUGUGUGUGUGUGUGUGUGUGUGUGUGUGUGUAUAUAUAUAUAUAUAUAUAUAUAUAUAUAUAUAUAUAUAUAUAUAUAUAUAUAUAUAUAUAUAUAUAUAUAUAUAUAUUAUAACUACAUAAGUGUAAAUUAUGUAUAUUUGCUACACUGAUCUUUGAGAACUGUAUUAAAGAUAAUGUGCUUUGUAAUAUAUAAAUGGUCUUAAUAUAUAUCAGCAUAUUUUGCAUAUUUA